AUGCCCAGGACUUUACCCUGGCUUCUUGAAAAAAAGGAUGAGGGACGCGUCAAACAAGAGUCAACUCCGCGGAAGCGCGUCAAACGCGAGGCAGAUGCAGACCCAGACCUAACGCCUAAACCACCCGCAUCUCCCGGCAGGAGAGACUUUAUGAGAUCAUCCCAGACCCCACCUACAUCCCCCGCGCGACCGUGUCCCACCGAAGAAUUUCUGGUGGAAGGCCUAGAUAAAGAUGACGCUUGGGUCAUGGUUGAAGACGAAUUCUACGCAAUCGCACAAACAUUCACACAGCAUCUCCAUUAUGCGGAGUACGUCCGCCGAAAGAAAGAAGCGAAGGCCCGGAGUGCAGCAGCGAUUAAAGAACUAGAAAGGCCUACAGAUGGUCAAACCGCGAUGCCGAAAGCUCUCCAGAUGAGGAAGAAUGCGGAAGCAUUGGAUGCGCGCCAGAAAGAUGGCCUUGCCCAGCUGGAGGCACCGGUGGAUGACAACCCGGAGGAGCAUACAGACGAAGAAGAUGGCGCUUGGGCUGGGACACAUCUCCAUGGCUUGAUGACAAGUCCGCGGAAGUCGCGAUCCUUGGUUGGAGCUCAUGCUGUCAAAUCGUCAACCAGAGCUGCCGCAGGAUUUGGACAAGCCUCCAGGCCCGACCGCAAGGUUCGCAGGUCUGAACAUGCUAUUACAGCACCAGCUGUUCAAUCGAUAGAUGUCAUUGACCUUGAGACAGCUUCGGAGGAAGACUCUGAUAUCGAUGGAGGAAUUUACCCAGUUGUCAUGCCAUCUUUUCCUACACGCCAGGAGAGUACACCCAGCAGAACUGCAGAAAGAUCAACUCCACCUGCAAAGCGGCAAAUCAGUGGUACGCCAAUGAAAUCUACACUUAAAACACCUACUCUGCACAAAGAGAGAUCAACGCCGACACAAAGGAGCAAUAAACCAGGAACGGGAUUCAAGUCAAGAGUCCAAAUGUUAUUUGAUGACUUCGAUGAGCUACCAGAGUCAUCUCAGCCUAUUUCAUAUAUCUCUGACCAGAAAGAAGAGUCAACACCUGGAAACAGUGCAGCCAAGGAAGCCUCUGGGACCAACAAUUUGGUGUCCGAAUCUCGCUAUAACGACGUGCCAACUUUUUUGAUGUGA